AUGGACCCCAAUGCCGUCUAUCCCGCUGGCUUUCCCGCUCCCACUCAAAGCCCCCCGAACCCAAUGGCCUUCUUCCCCCAAUAUCCCCAGUCCAAGACGCCGGUACAGCCUGGACACCAGCAGCAUUCCUUUGGCGCCAUCCCACUGCAGCCAGGAGGUCCCACUGGAGCUAUGAUGCCGUCCGGCUUUCCCCAACAACCAUCCAACGCAGGCCCUAUGGACAGUUUCUCGGUGCCGUUCACCCAAGCCCCGGUCCCUGCAGGCAUGAAUCACUUACAGCCUAGCACCGCUACGAACACCCCCUCCACAGUCGCACAAACAUUCUCCCAGAACAUGGCUUCUCUGUCAGCAAACAACAUGCUCCCGAACCAACAAAAGCCUCCCCAAAUGAAUCCGCACAUGAACCCUCAGAUGAAUCCCCAAAUGAACCCACAAAUGAACCCGCAAAUGAAUCCGCAGAUGAAUCCGCAGAUGCAGCAAGUGCCCCAGGUGAACAACUCGCCCCAUGGAACGCAGCCCGCUCGGGAAAAGGCGCGUGUCACCACGCUUCUUGACAUCAACUCGACCUUGUUGCAGGAAGUGUUGAAUCUUCAAUCUGCUGGGAAGGCAGGUAUGGCGGCAAAUGCGGAGGCCAAUGCUUCUGGGGAACCAGGAUCCGACGCGAACAAGCCUCCCGGGCAGAAACCAAGUCCCGAAUACAUCGAGUGCAUGCGGCGGCUACAAGCCAAUCUGGCAUACCUGGCGACGAUCGCUGAUCGGGCCAAGAAGGCGAGCGGCGUGACUCCUCAGGCUCCGGCGAUUAUGACACCGCCAUCCAACGUCCCGGCCGUCAAAGAAUUGUACGCCAAGUUGAACGAGUUGUUCCCGUCAUCUGGCAAAGCCUCGACUCCCCAAAAGCUCAGCCCCGGCACGAUGCAAGGAAACGGCGGACCUAGUCCCUCGGAAUCCGUGGCUUGA